AUGGAGUUCAAAACUAUAACUCCUUAUGCAAGAGAUAGAACUCCAGAGCUUUACUUAUGGGCAAUCGCUAUAUUUUCGGAGCCUCAUUAUUCUCAUUCUAGAAUCAUACUAGCAAAAAUGGCACAACUAAUUUUGGUGUUAGAUGACAUAUAUGAUGCAUAUGGUACUAUUGAGGAGCUUCGACUUCUAACUGGUGCCAUAAACAGUUGGGAAAUUAAUGUUAUGGAACAACUUCCGGAAUAUAUUAAACCACUUUACAACAUUCUCUUGAACGAGAGAAGAGAAAACAGGGUUUAUGCUACAAAACAAGCAUUUCAAAAGCUAGCUCGAGGUUACCUACAAGAGGCUGAGUGGAGAUAUCAUAGACAAGUGUCCUCAUUCCAAGAGUAUUUGAAGAAUGGAUUAAUUACUUCUACAUAUGAUGUUUUUACAAAAUCUUCUUUAAUGGUUAUGGGAGAUAUCGUCUGCGAAGAGGUUUUGGCUUGGUAUGAAAGCCGUCCAAAUAUUGGUGAAUCUACAAAGUUACUUGGAAGACUUUAUAAUGAUGUUACAACUUUCCAGUUUGAGGGAGAAAGAGCACAACAAGUCGAAUCAGUACAUACAUAUAUGAAGACUUUCGGGGUGCCAGAAAAUGUAGCUGUUCAUGAACUUAAGAAAAUGAUUGAAAACGAGUGGAAAGAUAUCAAUGAGGGAUGUCUUAAGCCAACCGAAGUUUCAAUGGAGCUUCUUGCACCAAUUCUUAAUCUUGCUAGAAUGACAGAUAUGGUAUAUAGGUACAACGACAAGUUCACUUUUCCUGAAAAGACGACUAUGGAGUACGUUAAUUUAUUAUUCAUAGAUUCUGUUCCUAAUCCAAACUAUUAA